AUGACUACUGUUCAAGUUGUCAACGUCUCUUUGCCCGCCCUUUCUGAGGGCUGGUCCGCCGAGAAGGACUUCAAGGCCGUUGGCACUCUCUCUGCUGCUACCCAGAGGAACUUGGAGCCUGUUGGCCCUCACUUCUUGGCCCACGCUCGUAGAAAGCGUCACCACCGCACUUUCUCUGAGGAUGAGAGAAUUCAGGCCCAGCAGAAUGUCAAGAAGACUGAAGAGGAGGAAGAUGACGAAAUCUCCGAGGACGAAGACCCCAUGAUGCUGUCUCGGGACGCUAAGGACUGGAAGAACCAAGAUCACUACGCCGUCCUUGGUAUUACCAAGUACCGUUGGCGCGCCACCCCCGAGCAGAUCAAGCGUGCCCACCGCAAGAAGGUUCUCCGCCACCACCCCGACAAGAAGGCCGCCCUGGGUGACCGUGACGAGAACGACAGUUUCUUCAAGUGUAUCCAGAAGGCCCACGAAAUUCUCUCGGACCCCGUCAAGCGUCGUCAGUUUGACUCCGUCGAUGAAGCUGCUGACGUUGAGCCUCCCACCAAGAAGGAGGCUGCCAAAGGUAACUUCUACAAGCUGUGGAACCGUGUCUUCGAGUCCGAGGGUCGUUUCUCCAAGAUCCAGCCCGUUCCCAAGCUGGGUGAUGACAACAGCACCUUCGAGGAGGUCGACAACUUUUACAACUUCUGGUAUAACUUCGACAGCUGGCGUACAUUUGAAUACCUCGACGAGGAUGUGCCCGAUGAUGGCGAAAGCCGUGACCAGAAGCGUCAAACCGAGAAGAAGAACGCCAACGCUCGCCGCAAGCGUAAGGUUGAGGACACUGCUCGUCUCCGUAAGCUCGUAGACGACUGUGCUGCUCAGGAUGAGCGUAUUAAGAAGUUCCGUAAGGCUGCUCGUGCCGACAAGGACAAGAAGCGUCUCGAGAAGGAAGCCGAGGCUAAGCGUCUGGCUGAGGAGAAGGAGAAGGCUCGUCUGGAAGAGGAGCAGCGCAAGAAGGAUGCUGAGGAGGCCGCCAAGGCUGAACGUGAGAAGAACAAGAAGGCCAAGGAGGCCGCUAAGAACGCUACCAAGAAGAACAAGCGUGUUGUUAAGGGCUCCGUCAAGGAGGUCAACUACUUCGCUGAUGGCGAGGCUUCUGCUUCUCAGGUCGACUCCGUCCUGACCGACGUUGAGCUUAUCAUGAGCAAGAUUGAUGCCGAGGAGCUUGCCGGUCUGGCUGAGCGUCUUACUGCUGCUGGCAAGGAUGCUGCUGCCGUCAAGAACGUUUACGCUGAGGAGUCCAAGAGGCUGGUUGGUGCCGGUAAGCUCAAGGAGGGCGAGACCAAGAACUUCUAG